AUGAUCAGAAAUCAGAAUUUGCAGAACAAGAUCAACUCUUUCAAGCGUCAACUUAUCUACUACGGUUUUGAUAAUCUUGGCAAUGGUAUUUUCGCUCAUCCUUGCUUCUUGAAGGACAAGCGGCACCAAUGUGGCCAGAUCAACCACACAAUUCCCACCAAGAGCCAACGUGAGGGGAAAGCAUUGAUCUCAUCGAGACGAAUUCGUGGAAAGGGAGCCAAACAUGCCCUUCGUGAAAGAUUGGAGAUACCUGGUGCUGCUUCUAGUUAUCCGGAUACUAAGACCACCAAGAAAGAAGCCCCAAUCGAUCGCAAGUGA